AUGGACACUCGUGGUCAUUUGUGUAAUGGCGAUUGUCUUGUACAGGUGGAACUGUCACUGGCACCGGCCAACGGACAGCCUCUGGCGCUGGACAUAGCGAAGAGCUCUGAAGAUUUUGACCGGAUCUGGUUCCGCCUUGUGGCCCAGCCUGGCGAGGAGGUGUACGGAGGCGGAGAGCAGUUCUCUUACUUCAACCUGCGGCACAGGGACGCCAAGGGAGAGAAUGUCUUCCCGAUCUGGACACGGGAACAAGAUGCUGGAGAGAUACCAGUACGCCAAGCAGCACCAGAUACCCGUGAGCGGCCUGUGGAUCCAAGACUGGUCCGGCAAACAGUCAACGCCCUUCGGCACCAGGGUCAACUGGAACUGGAAGUGGGACCCCAACUGGUACCCCGGACUUGACCAGGUCAUCAAGAACUUGACCACAGAGGGCGUGAGGGUUCUGGGUUACAUAAACCCCAACCUGGAUCACAGAGGAGAUCUUUUCAAAGAGGCGGCGUCUCGUGACUUCCUGGUGAAGAACAGCACCGGCGGCAUCUACUACACCACCAGCCUGUCUUUUAUUCUCGGCACGGUGGACUUUACAAACCCACAGGCCUACGACUGGUAUAAGAACGGUAACCAGCCACAGUACAACGUCCAAUGGUACAGCAGUGAGGCAGUCGUCGUCCCCUACUCACGACUUGCUAGAAUAUUCGCGGCACUCAAGGAUUACAGGUGUCACGUGGGUGCAUGUGUGGUCCGGCAAGAGCUACACAGGAGGUCAGACUGUCACAGUGCCAGCCCCCCUCGGUGACCCACCCGUAUUCUACAAGUCAGACUCCAAGUUCAAGGACACUUUCGAACAACUUAGAGGCAUUACUGAACUGUCUACUUCCGGCACAGAUGGGGAAAUCAUUGGUUGAUCUGACCAUUGACCAGCUUCGCAUUCUUUAGUUAACUUUCCUGUUACAAGUACAAGGAAACACUGGAUCAAUAGAAAGUGUUUUGAUGACGUGCUUCGUUUUAUAUUAGGAAUAUUGACAUCUGUCUUUGAGAAAUCCGUUUAGUUUCUUUCACAGUAUUAUCGAGGGAAAUCUUCCAUUGCAAUGCGUGGAAGAUACAUUGUAUCUUAUUCGUGUGUAUUAUCAAUGUGUUGGGCAGCGAUACGGCCUUUUCCCCUUGACUGAUUCCUUUUAAAUGUUUAAUUAAUGAGCCAGAUAUUGGGUCUAGAUCUAUAUGUCGAAAUAAUGUUAUGCAUGUUGCAGUUGUGUUGUUGUUUUGUAAAUGAGAAAUAAAUGAAAAAACAAAAC